AUGCACGGAAGAGUCAAAGUGAGAACGACAGAAGAACAAAAAGAAAUCGCAAGGCAAGAAAAACAGAAAAAGGCAAUAGAAUUUAAAAAAAUAAUGAAUCAAAUAUUAGAAAAACGUUCUUUACAAAUACACGACGAAGAAGGUUUAAAUCUCACCGGUAAUUUAUUAACAGGAAAUCCGGAUAUAAUAACAUUAUGGAAUUAUAGAAGAGAAAUAUUUUUGUCGUUUAAAAACGACGAGGAUUUGGAAAGUUAUCAAAAACUAUUGGAAAAAGAUUUACAAUUGACAGAACAGUGCCUGAGAGUAAAUCCAAAAUCCUAUGGUAGUUGGCAUCAUAGAAUAUGGAUAUUGGACAAUUUACCCAAACCCGAUUGGAACAAAGAAUUAAACCUUUGCACAAAAUAUCUUCAAUUAGACGAAAGAAAUUUUCACUGUUGGGAUUAUCGUAGGAUAGUCGCUGAAAGAUCAAACGUUUCUCAUUUAUCCGAAUAUGAAUUCACAAUGAAAAAAAUAGAAACAAAUUUUUCUAAUUAUUCCGCAUGGCAUUUGAGAAGUAAAUUAUUACCUAAAAUAUUUCCGGAUGAGAAAAAAAAAUUUCCUAUUAACGAAGAGAAACACAAUGAAGAAUUAGAAUUGGUUGAAAAUGCUGCAUUCACCGAUCCCAACGAUCAAAGUGCCUGGUUUUAUUUAAGGUGGUUAUUGGGUUUGAAAGAACCUAAAACAUCCAUAAUAUAUGCCAAAUGUAGCGAUGAAAUAUACAUAAUCACAUCGAAAAGUUUGACAAUGGAUUCGAAUGAAAAUAAAAAUUAUGAGAUUAAAAUAAACAUCAAAAUAAAUGAUGUCAAGUUGGAUGGUGUUUGGAUCAAUGGAAAUUUGCAACCACAAUCGUGCCUUUGGAUAUUUAAACCUCACCAACAGAUCCAACCUGCAGACUGCAUUUCAAUAUCAUUAUCAGAUAAUAAUUCAGUUUACGAAACAAUCAAUGUUCAACCUCAGGGAUUUUAUUUAUCAAAAUUAAAUUUUCAUUCUGUUUUAUCGGAAAAUUUAUUGGAAACAAUAACAAAACAACUGGAUUCAUGCAAUCAAUUAAUAGAAUUAGAACCAGAUAGCAAAUGGACUUUAUUGACGAGUAUUUUUCUAAUGCUCACAAUAGAUAGAUUAAAAUAUGAAAAUGAAAUUAAAAAUACAAUUGAUAAAUUAACCCUUAUUGAUUCAUUGAGAAAAAAUUAUUAUUUAGAUUUAAGGAGUAAAAUAAUAAUAGAAUUAGAAUUGUUGAAAAAUAACGAACGUGAAAAAUUAAAUUUAUCGAGGCAAAAUUUAACUUGUUUAUAUCACAGUCAAUAUUUACACGGUUUCGUAGAAAUCGAUUUGAGUUAUAAUUCGUUGAAAUCGGAUUCAUUAAAAUAUUUAUAUAAUUUAUUAAAUUGUAAAAUAUUAAAUUUGAAAAAAAAUUCUAUUGAUAAUUUGAAUUCGCUGUCAGUGUUACCAAAAUUAGAAAUUUUAAUCGUCGAUGAUAAUUUAAUAGAAAAUAUAAAUAUUGAGACUUUAAAAAAAUAUGAUAAAUUAAUAAAAUUAAGUUUAAUUAAUAAUCCGAUAGCGGAUAAAACGGAUUUAAUUAUUGAUUUAUCUAAUUUUUUUACCAAUAUACAAUUUAACUGUUCGAAUUCUUAA